UGACCUAUGGAUUCGGCGCCCCCCGGAUGAGUCGUGCGAUGUGUAUAGGACCGCCCUUAAGCUGACUAGCCGGGUGAUAUUGUGAGAGGCGUUUUCGGAGCUGACUAUAGACCGGUCUCUGGUUAAGGGAGGUACCCCUUUGCGGUGCUGAUCUUGCGCCAGCGGCUUGAGCAGCUUGGGCGUUUUUCACAUGCUUUUGAGACCUUACCUUACCCUGGGCGCUCCUGUCGAACCCAUCACCGCUGGCAUGGAAGUACCCAGCAAGCUAUCGUGACAGCCUUACCGUCCUGUGAUACGGAAGUCUCUUGUCUGUCUUCAGUGAAACUCUCAGUGGCCGAUGGACCAGGAUAGGGCCAAUACUAGCCUAGGGAUGGGCGUGUGUGAGAGCCAACAUUGUCCUACCCCUCGACGCUUAUUCACAAUACUAAGUAUUUUACAUGAAACCGAGCAAGGGACGUUGUAGUUGACUUACGCUAACUGACCUGAGAUCUGACAAUUCGUAUAUAAGUCAACAGAACUCGCAGUCCCGUGUCUUGACAUCUCCUAAACCAACUACCGCAGCCUUGUGAAGUACUGCACGAUGGCAAACCAGAUAUCUUUUCUCCUCUUUGGAGACCAAUCAUUAGACACACAUGGGUUCCUAGCGGAUUUCUUAAGGCGAGGGAAUCCCAGUAUUUUGUCAAGAGAAUUUCUCAAGCGAGCCGGUGACGCGUUAAGGGAUGAGAUAGAGAAUCUGCCUCGGGUCGAACGGCGGAAUAUACCACCAUUUCGGACGUUAGCGCAGCUGAACGAAGGUUACCAUGGGCAGAAGGUUAAAUGCCCAGGAAUUGACAGCGCCUUGUUGUGUAUAGUGCAGCUAGCCCACUAUAUUGACCACGCUGAGAAGAAUCAUGAAGAUAUUUCGGCGCCUGAGAACACAAGGCUUUCUGGCCUUUGCACCGGUUUGUUUGCGGCGGCGGCCAUUGCCACAAGCCCAUCGCUCUCUGCACUGCUUCCUAUAGCCGUUGAAGUUGCAUUGAUGGCAUUUCGUGUUGGGAGCCACGUCGGUUCUUUCUCUGAGCGGCUAAACCCGUCGGUUGAGAUAUCAGAGAGUUGGACGUACGUGAUGCCCUCUCUGAAAGAUAGCGAUGCUCAGACAGUCCUUGCAGAUUUUCACCAAUCCGAGGGAAUUCCUCAAGCCUCGCGGGCAUACAUAAGCGCAGUAUCAGCGAGCAAUAUUGCUAUCUCUGGACCGCCCAGUACGCUUGAUUCCUUAUUCAGCAAAGGCUUAUUUGAAUCAAGAACAGCUAUCCCCGUUUAUGGCCCCUACCACGCGCCUCAUCUGCAUGGUGCGGUUGACAUUGACCAGCUGCUACAUCUCAAUGAAGAGCAGGUUAGCAGCGUUCUGGCCGGUUCUCAGCCUCUAAGUGGGGUUAUGUCUUGUGUGACGGGGCGCAAUUUUCCAGAGACUAAUACAAAGUCGCUAUUGAAAGCGGUGGUUCACGAGAUACUUAAUGAGCCUCUAUAUUUCCAUAGAGCGCUCAAUGGAAGUAUCGACGAAGCACGACAUUUUACCGGAUCCCGUAUCUUGGUCAUCCCAUAUGGCCCGACACAGGCUGCAAGCACUCUUGCAAAUCACCUCAGGUCUGAGACCAAACUCGAGGUUGUCCUUCGAAUGCCACCACAGGUCUCCCGGAAAAGUAGUGCUACCCAUAUCGGAAACCAUGGGUCUACAGGGAAGUGUAAGCUAGCCAUCGUUGGCAUGGCUGGUCGCUUCCCUGAUUCUGAGAGUGCCCAAGCGCUCUGGAAUCUAUUAGAGAAAGGGAUCGAUGCUCACCGUGUGAUUCCAGCUGAUAGGUUUCCUGUUGAUACCCACUACGACCCAACCGGCAAGGCUAUCAAUACAAGCCAUACCCCGUAUGGUAAUUGGAUCAAAAACCCUGGACAUUUCGAUCCACGGUUCUUCAAUAUGUCUCCCCGUGAGGCAUAUCAGACUGAUCCCAUGCAGCGUAUGGCCUUGAUGACAGCGCACGAGGCUCUCGAGAUGUCAGGAUAUGUGCCGAACCGGACACCAUCGACAAGACUUGAUCGCAUUGGCACUUUCUAUGGUCAGACUUCAGAUGACUGGCGCGAAAUCAACGCCUCUCAAGAGGUCGACACAUACUACAUCACAGGUGGUGUGCGAGCUUUUGGACCAGGUCGCAUCAACUAUUACUUCGGUUUUAGCGGCCCUAGCCUCAACAUUGACACCGCUUGCUCCUCAAGUGCCGCGGCUAUGCAAGUCGCGUGUACGUCAUUGUGGGCUAAGGAAUGUGACACUGCCAUCGUCGGUGGUCUAUCUUGUAUGACCAAUUCCGACAUUUUCUCUGGUCUAAGCCGGGGGCAGUUUCUGUCCAAGAACAACAACUGCAACACUUUUGACAAUGACGCCGACGGCUACUGCCGAGCUGAUGGGUGUGCCUCUGUUAUCGUCAAGCGUCUUGAUGAUGCUCUUGCGGACAAGGACAAUGUCUUGGCUGUUAUAUUGGGCACGCAAACUAAUCACUCCGCCGACGCCAUCUCUAUUACGCACCCCCAUGGCCCGACCCAGUCUGUGCUGUCUUCAUCUAUCCUGGACGAGGCAGGUGUGGAUCCUCUUGAUGUUGACUAUGUAGAAAUGCAUGGAACCGGCACCCAGGCUGGUGAUGGAACGGAAAUGGUUUCUGUCACUGAUGUCUUUGCUCCUGCGAACCGCCAUCGUCCAAUUGAUAGACCCCUAUAUCUUGGUGCGGUGAAAUCUAACGUGGGCCACGGUGAAGCUGCUUCCGGCGUCACGGCUCUCAUCAAGGUGUUAUUGAUGCUUCAGAAAAAUGCUAUUCCACCUCAUAUUGGUAUCAAGAAAGAUAUCAAUAAGACAUUCCCUAAGGAUCUUGGUCAACGAGGCGUCAACAUUGCUUUCCAUAAAACACCUUUCUUUCGAAAGGACGGGAAGCCUCGUCGGGUCUUCGUCAACAACUUCAGUGCUGCUGGCGGUAACACCGGCCUCCUCCUUGAGGACGGCCCACGCUACAAGAACGCUACAGUAGAUCCUCGUAGCCAUCAUGUCAUAACUGUGACUGCUAAGUCUAAGUCUGCUAUGAUACGCAACGCAGAGGCUCUCGUGAAGUGGAUGGAUGAGAAUCCGUCUACAUCUGUGUCUCACGUAGCAUACACCACCACCGCUCGCAGGAUUCAACAUUACUGGCGUAUGAACGUGACCGCUUCCAGCCUGACAGAAGCGCGAGAUGCUAUUCAAGAGAGGCUCAAGUCGAAUUUCGUCCCCGUCUCUCCAGAGCAACCCAAGGUUGCGUUCAUGUUCACUGGUCAAGGUUCGCAUUACGCCGGGUUGGGUAAGGACCUGUACGGACACUACUCCAUCUUCCGCCAGGCUAUCAACGAGUGUAACCAACUAGCCCUUAUUCAUGGGUUCCCGUCAUUCUUACCUCUUAUAGAUGGUAGUGAGCCCGAGGUUCAGAAACUUUCUCCCGUAAUUGUCCAACUUGGCCUAGCUUCUUUCGAAAUAGCCCUCGCUAAACUCUGGAAUUCCUGGGGGAUUCGACCGAGCGUAGUCCUUGGACACAGCCUUGGUGAAUAUGCUGCCCUGCACGUUGCGGGCGUUCUUUCAGCUAGUGACACCAUUUAUCUUGUCGGUGCUCGUGCACAGCUCCUGGUGGAGAAGUGUACCGCAGGUACUCAUGCUAUGCUUGCUGUUCAAGGUCCCGUGGACACUGUCACUGAAGCUCUAGCCAAUCGUACGACGGCUAUGAAUAUUGCUUGUAUCAAUGGUCCUCGUGAGACUGUGCUCAGUGGUAGCUCAAAGGAGAUAGCUGACGUUGCCGAGCAACUUGGCGGUGCUGGAUUCAAGUGCACUCAGUUAAAGGUUCCUUUUGCUUUCCACUCAGCUCAAGUCGAGCCAAUCUUGGACGAUUUCGAGAAACUUGCACGCUCAGUCAAGUUCCACAGUCCCCUCACUCCGGUCAUUUCACCCUUGCUUGGGAAGCUUGUUCAGAACCAGCCCAUCGAUGCUGCCUACUUACGUAGCCAUGCUCGGGAUGCCGUCAAUUUCCUCGGCGGACUCGUUGCUGCGCAGGAGUCCAAUGUCAUUGACGAGAAAACGGUUUGGCUCGAAAUUGGGCCUCAUCCGGUAUGUGCCAAUAUGGUCAAGGCUGCCUUUGGUGCUUCUACCAUCGCUGUUCCGUCUCUCCGUCGCAACGAAACCCCCUACAAGAUCAUGUCCUCAACCUUGUGCACUCUCCACUCGGCUGGUUUAAAUCUGGAUUGGAAUGAAUACCAUCGCGAUUUUGAUAGGACCGUUCGCCUUCUAGACUUGCCAGCUUACUCAUUCGACCUAAAAGAUUACUGGCUGCAGUACACUGGCGAUUGGUGUAUCACUAAAAACCGUGGAGCUGCUGCUUCUCCAUCAGCUAAGGCUAUCGAGGCUCCAGCAAAGCCGAAGCUAUCUACCACCUCAGUGCAGAAGAUUACUAAAGAAGAGGUUAACGGAGAUAUUGUAGUUCUUGAAACAGAGACCGAGAUGACCGAGGAGAACAUGCGAAAGGUCUGCUCUGGUCAUCUUGUCAACGGCACUGCACUUACACCAUCGUCGCUCUACGGUGAUAUGGCUAUGACCAUAUGCGAGUAUGGUUAUAAACUCUUACGUCCCGAUGCCAAAGAUGUCGGCACAAAUGUUGCCAACAUGCAUGUUCCCAAGACGUUAAUUUUCGAUACUAAAGCCGACAGUCAGAUUUUACGCAUGCAAGUCAAGAUUAACGCCACUGAGGGCACUGCUGAUGUUAUCUGGUCCACCGGCGAAGGAUCAAAGAAAACAGAGCAUGCUAACUGCAAAGUCUACUUUGGUGACAACCAGGAGUGGCUUGGUGAGUUUGAGCGUGUGAGCUACCUUAUUCAGUCACGCAUAGAUGCUCUGAAAGCUGCGGAGGCGCGUGGUGAAGCGUCGAAAGUCGGUCGUGGCCUUGCAUAUAAGCUAUUCGCUGCUCUUGUUGACUACGACCGUCGAUACCGAGGGAUGGAAUCUGUCAUCCUUGAUAGCGCGACAUGCGAGGCUACUGCAAAGAUUGUGUUUCAAACCUCCCCGGAAGAUGGCACGUUCCAUACGCCGCCAUAUUGGAUUGACUCUGUUUGCCACAUCUCAGGCUUCAUUGUCAACGGCACUGAUGCUGUUGAUUCUCGCGAGCAUGUGUAUAUCUCACACGGAUGGGGUAGCAUGAGGAUUGCCGAACGUCUAGAUGCCACCAAGACCUACCAAUCCUACAUCCGCAUGCAGGAGAUCAAAGGUACCAAGAUGAUGUCUGGUGAUGCCUAUGUCUUUGAUGGCCCUAGGCUCAUUGGUAUCGCUGGUGAUGUUCGCUUCCAAGCUAUCCCCCGCAAGGUUCUCAACAUUGUCCUUCCUCCCCAGGGCGCUGCCGCUUCCGCAGCCGCACCUGUUCGUGCUACCCCAGCUGCGAGAACUGUGAAAGCGCCAGCUAAAGAAGCACCAACCAAAGAGAAAAAGCAGGUCACUGCCAAGAACCUCCCAGCUGUUAACAAGAAACUCACCAAGCGAUCAGUUGUCGUUCAGGUCAUGGAUAUUGUCGCUAAAGAAACCGGUGUUGGUCACGAUGAGCUGGCUGAUAACAUCGCAUUCUCUGAUCUCGGCGUUGACUCUCUUAUGGGUCUGACUAUCAGCGGUCGCCUCAGAGAGGAGCUGGAACUUGAUAUUGACUCGCAUUCUUUCAAUGAUCACGCUACAAUUGGGGCUUUCAAGAAAUUUCUGGCCCAAUUUGAGUCCACUACUAUUACCGCUGAAGAAAUCAGUACUGUCGGUGGAAGUGAGGACAGUGACGAGGAGGACGAAGAGUCUGACGAUUCUAACGUUACUACACCUCCGGACGACAGUGAGAAAGGCUCGAUCAAGGGCGAUUCUGCCGCUAUCGAAUCUGGAAGUACUGGCGAACUACAACAACUCAUCCGGGAUACCAUCUGUGCUGAAAUGGGCGUUGAAGUCGAAGAAAUCAUUGCUGCCCCAGACUUGGCUGCCCUUGGCAUGGAUUCUCUCAUGAGUUUGUCAAUCCUCGGAAUCUUACGAGAAAAAACAGGCCAAGAUAUUCCAAGUGAUCUACUAGGGCACAAUCCAUCUCUCAAGGAUGUUGAAAGAGCCCUUGGCGUAGUUGACAAGCCAAAGAAAGCUGCAACAGCACCUAAGCCCCUCGAAAUCAAGUCCACUAAGACCGUUGUUAAAAAGGAAGCCACAGUUGUGACGGUUUCGAAGUCAGUGGUAGUCGAUGAUGCCUAUCCCCACCGCAAGGCCUCGUCCGUUCUCUUACAGGGCAACCACCGCACAGCCUCCCGCCAACUUUUCAUGAUUCCCGAUGGUAGUGGGAGCGCCACUUCCUACACAGAGAUUGCGCAGCUUGGUCCCGACAUUGCUGUCUGGGGCAUGUUCUCCCCAUUCAUGAAGACCCCGGAAGAGUACAAGUGUGGCGUAUACGGAAUGGCAACCAAAUUCAUUGCAGAAAUGAAACGUCGUCAGCCUAAGGGGCCGUAUGCCCUAGCAGGUUGGUCGGCAGGUGGUGUAAUUGCCUACGAAAUCGUGAACCAGCUUACUAAGGCAAAUGAUGAGGUAUCGCAUCUCAUUAUCAUUGACGCCCCAUGUCCAAUCACCAUAGAGCCACUGCCAGCUGGUCUGCACGCCUGGUUCGCUGAGAUUGGCCUGCUUGGCGAAGGAGACUCCGCUGAGGCUAAGAAGAUUCCUUCGUGGCUAUUGCCACAUUUCGCUGCUUCGGUUACUGCUUUGUCCAACUACACUGCCGAGCCUAUCCAGAAGGAAAAGUGUCCAAACGUGAUGGCUAUCUGGUGUGAGGAUGGAGUAUGCAAAGAACCUACUGAUCCUCGCCCUGAUCCCUACCCCACUGGGCAUGCACUCUUCCUGCUUGACAACCGUACGGAUUUUGGACCGAACCGCUGGGAUGAGUAUCUAGACAUCGACAAAAUGAAAUUUCGCCACAUGCCGGGAAACCAUUUCUCCAUGAUGCAUGGCGACCUGGCCAAGCAGCUUGGCGGCUUCAUGAAAGAAGGUAUUAACAUGUAGAUUGAUUGAGGCUUGUUAUCAAAGAACCAAUACAAUCAUGACAGUAAUGGCCACCAGGGAACAAUGACUGUUCAACUCUACGAUCAUUA